AUGGCUAACUUUGAGACUAAGAGAUGUGAACUUUGUGUAUACAAAUAUUGCCUUGACUGUGAACAGUAUAACUGCGAAAACUGUAAAUUCCUGCGUAAAAAGCAGAAGAUAUCUAUUGAUCAUCAGAUUGAUAACGCCUCAGAUCAUGCCGUAGAUUGUAAAUCAAAAUGUCCUGAACAUCAAGAACUGUUUGAUUUGAUGUGCAAUACGUGUAAUAGUCCAGUUUGUUCAAGGUGUGUAACACAGCUAUCGCCACAGCAAGCAGAAAACGUUGCUCAGAUCAGAAAGAAAAUCGAAGAAAAUCUUAGGAUGAAACAACACGAGUUGAAUCAUACAAUGGAGAUAAUAGAAAAGGGCAUUGAUAGUUUUGAUGAACAAAUUGAUUCUGUUAUAAAAUCAAUCACAGAAGAAGGAAAUAAGACAAAAGACAUGGUUGAUAUAUGGGUUGAACACAUGUUACGUCCAUUACAAAAUAGAUGCAACAUUGAUAAGACGGAGCUCAUGAAGCUACUGUCUGACUCUAAACGCCUUAUAAGUAAAGGACAUUGCCUUGAAAAGCAACGAAAGCAGCUAGACUGUACCAGACAUGACGGAGAUUUGGUAGAAAAGUUGAAAACCCUAGAUAUAGAGAUAGAAAGAUUAAACGCUUUGGAACUGCCUGAGUUCCCAGAUUUAUCAGUUAAAACGAAAGAAGUGACUCCAAAAUCUAUAAGUCAAUGUAUGAGUACCUUCAGAUUCAGAAUAUUUGCAGAGAAAGCGGAAAACAUGCUCGAAUGCUUCCACAGAUGUGAAAAUUGUGGGUACGAUUUGAUUUAUGAUAAUAUACAUAGACAUUGGCAUUGA